GAUAUUCUGUUGUGACGUCAUCACGGUGCGUCUUGUUGUCUGACAACGCACGGUCCAUUCCAUUAUGUUUACUUCAAUGAUCUAAGGCAUUUGUGUCGCCGAUAACAAGCUGUUGUGUCUUUGUUUUGUAUAUAGUGUGAAUAUACUCUGUAGUUAACGCUAAUUUAUUUCAACAUGGAGUCCGGGGAGGCCACCGAGGAGAGGACAGGCUCUCUGUCGGCAGCGCAGAGGAGAGCAGAGAUUCGGAGGAGAAAACUGCUCAUAAAUUCAGAGGUCAGGAUGAACAGAAUCGUGGGCUUCGCCAAAAACGAGUCUGAAAAUAACGCAGGAGCGUCCCGGCGUCCCACAGAGCCCCACUUCCACCUCGACCUCGACAGGACAGAGCUGUGGUCAUCGCCUUCAUCUUCCCCGAGGCCGUCUCCCUUCCUGCCAGAGGCUUUACGGGUCCGACAGAGACCGAGGGGGGAGCUGGCAUCAGAUGACCCCAGCAGCUCCCCGCGCCGAGGCCUCCAGAAGUACCUGUCUCACUUUGACAAUGCCAUGAAACUGCGUGGUCAGCUGGACAACGAGAAGCCGGCUCAGGAUGGAGGCUCUGACUCAGAGGAGUUUGAUCCUUUCAGGAUCUUCAGGCUCAUCGGCAGCAUCCUCCUUGCUGUGUUUGUCAGGGUCUUUGUCUGCAGGUAUUUGUCAAUAUUUGCUCCCUUUCUGACCCUGGAACUGGCCUACAUGGGGUUGUCCAAAUACUUUCCAAAGGUAGAGAAGAAGACCAAGACCACUGUGCUCACAGCUGCCCUGCUGCUGUCGGGCAUCCCCGCUGAGGUCAUCAACCGUUCCAUGGACACCUACAGGAGGAUGGGUGACGUUUUUGCUGACCUCUGCAUCUACUUCUUCACCUUCAUCCUCUCACAUGAGAUCCUGCUGCUCAUUGGCUCAGAGACUCCCUGAUGGACUGGAAAGACCUCAGUAACUUGCCCCCCCUUCAUGUCCCCUCCCUCUGUCUCCCAUAACAACAAGGCAUGCUCAUUUACACCCUCAGACAUGGGUUUGUUGUUGACAGCUGGAAAGGAAUCCCUGCUGCCUUAUGAUAUCAGGGUCACACGACGGCUGAUCAAGUUGCUUGUUACAUAAGGAUUUCUCCAAGGCUCAGCUACACAUAAACAGCAUUUGGUACAGUUCUGAAAGUUAUUAUAGAAACUCUGAAACAGAA